UUCACAGACGGGGCUUUUAGUCAUAAAAGGGGUUUGCACCUAAAUUCUUCGCCAUUUACAAAAAUCAGCAGAAAAUUGAAAAAAUUAAUUAAAAUUGUCAGGAAGUUGUUAAGAAGUGAAUAAAUAAUCAGAAAACAAAACUUAGAUGGCUUUAAAAAGAAUAAAUAAGGAAUUACAAGAUUUGGGACGAGAUCCACCAGCACAGUGCUCAGCAGGUCCUGUUGGAGAUGACUUAUUUCAUUGGCAAGCGACCAUUAUGGGACCUCCAGACAGUCCGUAUCAAGGAGGUGUUUUCUUCUUAACCAUACAUUUCCCAACAGAUUAUCCAUUCAAACCACCCAAAGUGGCUUUUACGACUCGCAUAUAUCACCCAAACAUUAACAGUAAUGGGUCGAUCUGUCUCGACAUCCUAAGAUCUCAAUGGUCACCUGCACUAACAAUUUCAAAAGUGUUGUUAUCAAUUUGCUCUCUUCUCUGUGAUCCCAAUCCGGACGAUCCAUUGGUGCCGGAAAUUGCUAGAAUAUAUAAAACGGAUCGCGAAAAAUACAAUGAGCUGGCCCGUGAGUGGACACGAAAAUAUGCUAUGUGAUGCGUUCCAGAUGAGAAACUGUACCGUCAAAAUUUAAUUCUUGCUGUAUUAUAAAUUC